CAUAUCCAAAAUCCCACACGCCCCCUUCUCUCCUUCUCCUCUCCUCCCCUAUCUCUUCUGCCCCACUCCGAUCCAUGGCGGCAGGCAUGGCCUUCAAGCCCAUUUCGACGGCGGAGAGCCUUCUCCCCUCUCUCCCGACCCCCCUCUUCUCUUCCAAGCCCGCUCUCCCUCUCCUCCCAUCCCUUCGCACCUCCAAGCUCCCCCGCUUCCCCCGUCUUUCUCGCUCCCAUUUGUUGCUCUCGUUCAGAAGGAAGCUUCCUUUGCUUCCGUUUGUGGCACAGACCUCGGACUGGGCUCGCCAGGAGGAGGAAGAGGAGGAGGGGAACGAGGUCGAAGACGGAGGUUUUGACUUGGAAGCGCCCGCGCCCGAGGAAGGAGCCGGGUCAGGACUCGAGGAGUGGGAAGGAGACGAGGAGCAGGCUGCGGAGGGUGAGAUAGCCGCCGAGGCAGACGGCGGGUUUGUCGGGGGGGAGGAGGAGGAGCCUUAUUCCGAGCCGCCCGAGGAGGCCAAGCUCUUCGUCGGGAACCUCCCUUACGACAUGGACAGCGAGAAGCUGGCCCAGCUCUUCGAUAAGGCUGGAGUUGUCGAGGUCGCUGAGGUGAUUUACAAUCGGGAGACUGAUCAGAGUCGUGGAUUUGGAUUCGUGACCAUGAGCACUGUCGAAGAAGCAGAAAAAGCUGUGGAGAUGUUCCAUCGUUAUGAUGUUAGUGGCAGGCUCUUGACUGUAAACAAGGCUGCACCCAGAGGUUCUCGUGUGGAAAGAACACGGGAAUUCGGGCCUUCUUUGAGAGUCUACGUUGGCAAUUUGCCUUGGCAAGUGGAUGAUGGCCGCCUGGAGCAAGUAUUUAGUGAACAUGGGAAAGUGUUAGAAGCAAGGGUGAUAUACGAUAGAGAGACUGGACGCUCCCGUGGUUUUGGCUUUGUGAAAAUGGCAUCACAGGCUGAAACGGAUGAUGCGAUUGCUGCUCUUGACGGACAGAGUCUGGAUGGUCGUGCGUUAAGAGUUAACAUUGCCGAGGAGAGGCCACGGCGUGCCGCCUUCUGACACGGAAAAGCUGAGAGUUGCUUCAUCAUAAGACAUUGUUGACAAGAUCAAAUACUGCUGUUUCUUUUUUUUUUCCUUUUUUUUUGGUUUCCUUUUGUAGCUUGUGCUGAGUUUGUUUCUUUUGCUUUUACCCUGCUAUUUUAACUUGGGGAUUUCUAAAUGCCAAUUAUAUCACUUAUCGAUGUGUUGUUACUCUAUGCUGGAUUGAAUUAAAGUAAUUUUGAGCAGUUUAAUACA